UAAAAUGUGAAUUCUCAUUUCAGAGCGGCCUCUGCUGUGGUCAGUGCCUGUAAAGACAGAGCGAUGGCCAGCCCAGAGCUCCUGUUGGACUCCAGUAUCCGGAUGUGGGUGGUGCUGCCCAUUGUCUUUGUCACCUUCUUUGUUGGGAUCAUCCGUCACUAUGUCAGCCAACUGGUCCACAGUGACAAAAAGGUUGAUCUACAGCAGUUGUCAGACAGCCAGGUGCUCAUGCGAAGCCGUGUCCUUCGAGAGAACGGGAAGUAUCUCCCCCGACAGUCCUUCGCAGUGAGGAAACACUAUUUCAACAAUGUAGAGAAUGGAUUCUUCAAGAAGGUCAAGAGGAAGGUCACCCCCAAGAACCCAAUAACAGACACGAGCAUGGUGAUGGACAUGAUGAAAGGAAACCUGACCAAUGUGCUGCCUAUGAUUCUGAUUGGUGGAUGGAUUAACUGGGCAUUCUCUGGAUUUGUCAUCACAAAGGUUCCGUUUCCUCUCACACUGAGGUUCAAACCAAUGCUGCAGCGUGGCGUGGACCUGCUGUCACUGGACGCAUCCUGGGUGAGCUCAGCAUCCUGGUACUUCCUGAAUGUGUUCGGCCUGAGAAGCAUGUACAGCCUCAUACUGGGUCAGGACAACGCAGCGGACCACUCGCGGAUCAUGCAGGAGCAGCUGACGGGUGCUGCCAUGGCGAUGCCCCCUGACCCCAACAAGGCUUUUAAGAGUGAGUGGGAGGCACUGGAGAUCCUGGAUCACAAGUGGGCUCUGGUCAACGUGGAGGCAGAGCUGAUGUCGAGAGACCUCAACUUUGGAGCCUUUUUCAGUCAGGAGAUCAGGUCUUCCAUGUUUUCAUUGCCAGAACCAGUUGGGUUCUGAACUUCUGCAGUCGAUAACGGCAGGAACGAUUAGUGGAAUCUCUGAGCUACUUCGUUCACACCAAAGAUCCGGACUGACGGACCCAAAGAACUGUUUCAGUGCUUCUGUUUCAAAAGGUGGUGCAGAAUCACGACUCAAACUGUCUGUACAUUUCCCUGAGGUGCAUGUAUGCUUCUCCUUUGGAUUUCAAAGUGAUUAGUGGGAAUGUUCUAGGAGUGAGGAUUUAGCAAACAGGUGUUCCAGAACAGAAGUAGCAACUCUGUGAAAUAAAUGAUUGCUCACA